ACGCCAGGAAAAUCAAUAAAAGCAGCUCAUAUUGAUGCAGCGGUCCAGCUAUAUAAGCAAAGACAAGAAAAUCAUCCUGAUAUUUAUAUCAACAAAGAUGUGACAUUAGUGGAUUCAAAAUUCAUUGAGGCCAUUGAUGAUUCCUACGAUAUAUUCCUAGACGACAAAGAUGGCUUUGACUUUGAAGAUGAAUGUUUCAGCAAGGUGUUUAAGGAGAAACGCACAAAAGUCAUAUUUGCACCAAUGUGUGUCGAGGAACGGUUGUGGAUACCACUGGAGAUUAAUUUGGCCUCACGAUCAAUCCAUAUCUGGGACAAUGGAUCAUCAUUUUUCAGUGAUAAAAAGAAACAAAAACAGGUCGAAGCGUAUGCUAGAUCAAUGCCAUAUAUUGCACAGAAGAAGUUUCCAAUGGUAGAGAGGACUGAUGACUCUCCUUUUAAUUCCUCUCCAUUCCGUGUCAUUCACAAAUCCUGCUUUACACAGCUUAAGAAGAUUGAAGAUAGUGGUGUGUACAUGGUAAAGAUAAUGGAAAGCUAUGCAAUGUCUAGAAGGACUAAUGACGAGUUCCAUGAACACAGCAUUGCAGAUAUCCGAAAGAAACUUGCGGUUGACAUAUUUGCUGAAUUAGGAAAUUCAUAGGAAUAUGGAUGACUGCUAAGGAGUAUGGAGAAUAUUAUAACACUUGUUUUAUUUUACUUUUGGAAACUAGGAUAUAUUUUAUUUUACUUUUGGAAACUAUGUCGAUUUGAAAACACUUGUUGAAAAUAUUAUCUUUUGAAUACUUUUAUCUUUGUUGAGAAUAUUAUAACACUUCAAUCA